AUGCGCCACUUCGACGCCUGGCUGGUCCGCGACCCCUACUCCAUCUGGCAUUACUACUCAACGGGCCGAAAAUGGCAAGAUCAAGUCUGCGAAUUGAUCCAUGACCGCGCUAUCUGCUCGCCUGCUGCGCCGACAUCUACUAGUACAUCUACAUAUACUACUACUACUAGUAGUACACAACCACUAGACACACCCGGAAUAGACUGGACAAAAACCACACCCCAAACAACCCCCUUACUCACAAAACUACCUCCCGAAAUCCGAUCCAUGAUAUGGGCCUACGUCUUCGGCUCCGACACCCUCCACCUCGUCCAAAUAAAAGACAAAAUAAAGCACGUUAGAUGCACCUCCACCAGCAGCGCCAGCACCGCUCUCACCCACCAUCGCCACUGCUGCCCCAAAACCCCAGCCCGAUGGCGCAUCUACGACGGCCGAAUCCCGGGACACACAGAUAGAUUACUCUACCCACACACGCACACCGAUCUACCCUCAACACUCUCCACGACUCCCGUCUCACUACUGCGAACCUGUAAAGCAAUCUACGCAGAAACCCAAACAACAUUAUACAAAAACUCCACAAUUGACGUCGACGACUUAUACACAUUCCUCUCCUUUGCCGGAUCGUUAUCGCCGCGCGCUAGACGGGCCGUUACAUCUUUAACGGUUCAGUGGAUGCCGGUUUGGACACCGCUUAGUGGGCAGGAACAUAAGGGGUCUAUAUAUGCGCAUACGCAUAGUGAUGAGCUUUGGGUUGGAUUUUGGGGGUGUGUUGCGAGGGAAUUUACUGGGUUACGGACUUUGAAGUUGAGUGUUGAUUUAGGCCGGUUUACGGGGAUGAUGGUUGGUGGUGGACCGGUUUUGGUUGGCGGGGGUUUGGGGCAGAGACUUAAGCUUGAUGUUAAUGAGGGGUGGGUUAAGCCUUUGUUGCAGGUUAGGGGUUUGGAGAUGUUUGAUUUGGCAGUUACGGCACGCUGUGAUGUUGCUUCUAGGGGGGGUUGUUGA